GUGCGAUCAUAAAACGCGUUUUCUUUGAGAAAGAGUACUCGGGUGAAGAAUGGCCGAAUUAUUGAUCGAUCCUAAUAUACGAGGAUGGGUGUUUCUUCCUAUCGUUGUAAUUACAUUUCUUGUGGGAAUCAUACGGCACUAUUUUUCCAUUCUAAUUUCUUCUCAAAAGAAAGUUGAACUUACCCAGAUUCAGGACAGUCAAGCAAUGAUACGAGCGAGAUUACUACGAGAGAACGGCAAAUAUCUCUCCCACCAAUCGUUUGCAAUGCGUAGGCAUUAUUUUAACAAUGAGGACACUGGAUAUUUCAAGACUCAGAAACGAGCUCCGCCUAGCCCGAAUUCCACUGCUAUGCUGUCUGACUUGGUGAAAGGCAAUUUUAUCAAUGUGCUGCCAAUGAUCGUAAUAGGAGGAUGGAUCAACUGGAUGUUUUCUGGGUUCGUCACAACGAAGGUUCCCUUUCCUUUGACGCUCCGCUUUAAACCAAUGCUGCAAAGAGGAAUUGAAUUGGCCUCACUCGAUGCUGCCUGGGUAUCAUCGGCAUCAUGGUACUUCCUAAAUGUGUUCGGUCUCCGGAGUAUCUACACGUUGGUACUGGGUGAAAACAAUGCUGCCGACCAAACACAGUCGAUGCAAGAUCAAAUGUCCGGCGCUGCAGUGGCCAUGCCGCAAGAUCCGAAGGCAGCGUUCAAGGCAGAGUGGGAAGCAUUACAAAUUACGGAGUAUCAAAAUGCGCUUGCUAAUGUUGAAAAUGAAAUACGAACGGUCAACAGUCCAUUGACUGGUGACAAAAUAGGUAUCAGUAAUACACAAAGCGAUUGAUAAAUCGUAUUCUUCAUAGGUUCGUGGCCGCCAUUCGUAAAUAAAUGAAUUUUAGUAAUACUAGGUUAUACGGCCCGGUUACCUUUCUUGUCAAUUUUAUGUAUAAGCUUAGUACG